CAGGUAAGUAACGGGGGGACGGGGCGGGGGUUAGUAGGUUCACCUUUGUGCCCUGCAUUGCAUCCUCCUCCCCACGUCGCCGGACAGAGAAAGGUCUAGGUAGUUGUUCGGUCUUGGCCUGGGGAAUACCCCGUAUAUUUUAUUACACGACCUUCCCUUUUUUUUUUAUCCCUCGUCGAGCUGGCGCUAGUAUUUGUUCUCUGGUUUCCCCUCGGGUCGCCGUAGUUUUUUGUUAUUUUAUUUUUGCUUCGCCAUCUUCGCUUUGCACGCUGAACAUACCGGACAUACCGCUCUUUCACGUUACACUUUUGCUUGGUUGUAACCCCGGCCGAGCCAGAUCGUCGACGGCCCAUCCGCCUUCGUCCCAACAUGGUAGCCAAACUAAAAGCCGCCACGAGGGCGUUGGGUGCCCUGAGGCCCCGUACUAACCCGGCCGUUGUCGUCCCCGCUGUCAGGUCCUACUCCUCCUCCUCCGAGCCCAGUUUGAAGGAUGCCCUGAGAGAGGCAAUCCCCGCUAAGAGGGAUCUCCUCAAGAAGGUCAAGGCACACGGCUCCAAGGUCAUUGGCGAGGUCAAGGUCGAGAACACGAUCGGCGGCAUGAGGGGCCUGAAGGCAAUGGUGUGGGAGGGCUCUGUGCUGGAUGCGAACGAGGGUAUCCGGUUCCACGGCCGCACGAUAAAGGACUGUCAAAAGGAGCUCCCCAAGGGCAAGACGGGCACGGAAAUGCUUCCGGAGGCCAUGUUCUGGCUUCUCUUGACCGGAAAAGUCCCUUCGGUCGGUCAGGUCCGACAGCUAUCGCGUGAGCUUGCCGAGCAGGCCCAGCUCCCCGAUUACGUAAACAAGAUCCUAGACGGUUUCCCUCGAGACCUCCACCCCAUGACCCAGUUCGCCAUCGCCGUCAGCGCCCUAAAUUACACCUCCAAGUUCGCCAAGGCCUACGAGCAGGGUUUGAGCAAAGCCGACUACUGGGAGCCUACCUUUGACGAUGUUAUAAGCUUGCUGGCUAAGCUGCCCACCAUCGCCGCCAAGAUAUACCAAAACUCGUACCGCAAUGGUGGUGCUCUCCCCGGCGAGGUCGACCUGGAGCAGGAUUGGUCGUACAACUUUGCCACUCUGCUUGGUAAGGGUGGAAAGGAGAACGAAGAUUUUCAAGACCUGCUGAGGUUGUACCUGGCGCUUCACGGCGACCACGAAGGCGGGAACGUCUCGGCGCACGCCACUCAUCUAGUCGGCAGUGCUCUCAGCGACCCGUUUUUAAGCUACAGCGCUGGACUCCAAGGCUUGGCCGGACCGUUGCACGGUCUUGCCGCACAAGAAGUCCUCCGCUGGAUUCUCCAGAUGAAGGAGAGCAUACCAGCUAAAUACUCGGAGAAGGAUGUUAACGAUUACCUGUGGUCGACGCUCAACAGCGGCAGAGUCAUCCCCGGCUAUGGCCAUGCUGUCCUUCGCAAGCCCGAUCCUCGGUUUGAGGCGCUGAUGGAUUAUGCCGCUACUCGCCCGGCGAUUGCCAACGACCCGGUAUUCCAGCUGGUGAAGAUCAACAGCGAAAUCGCCCCCGAGGUUCUGAAGAAGCACGGCAAGACCAAGAACCCCUAUCCUAACGUUGACUCGAGCAGUGGUGUCCUGUUCCACCACUACGGGUUCCACGAGACUUUGUAUUACACUGCCACCUUCGGUGUAAGCAGAGGAUUGGGACCGCUGGCCCAACUUAUCUGGGACCGCGCCCUCGGCCUCCCCAUUGAGCGGCCCAAGAGCAUAAAUUUGGAGGGUAUACUGAAGCAAGUAGAGGCGUAAAACCGGUUCGCGCGUAGGCCGAGGCUUGUGGUGUCGCCUUAGCCUCGAGUUGGGAGAUGGGGUCGUGACGUUCCUAUGCUCGCCAAAGUUGCACUGCACUUUCGCGCGCUCCUCGAAACCACAAACCCUUGGCUCCCUAGACCUGUUAGACCAAUCGAUGGAUAAUUUCACAACACGCGAUAUAACUCGACUCCCGCGGCGGCGCGAGGGCCCAAUUGAAUCUUUUUCAGAGCUCUUUCUCCGCGCCAGUUCCGG